AUGCCCUCCUUUGAUCAAGUAGCAUUGCAUCCUCAGUACACGGAGUUGAAGCGGAACCAAGUUAAUGCCAAGCCUUAUCGACAUCCAGAAAAAUCAACGAUUGACACACGUUUGGAAACCUUUCAAAAUGCAAACUUUCAAUCGGAUAUAUCGCCUGAACAACUCGCAGAUGCUGGACUAUAUUCCAAAGGAGUGGGUGACCAUGUGCGUUGUUUCGCCUGCGAUGGAGGACUGCGUAACUGGGAAGUGCACGUUGAUCCCUGGACAGAACACUGCAGGUGGUUUCCGUCCUGUUUGCAAGAGAAGUCAAAGGGGACCCGUUCAUCGAGAAUGUCCAGCAGCAUUUUAGACAC